CCUUGUAAACUUUAACCCAACAUGUCUGCGCCCCGCAGUGUCAGCUGCGGCGUGAAGGAUCAUUGCCUGGUUUCUUUGGAAGCGGUUCUGCAGGAUUGAGUUUGCUGCGAUGUCUAAGAUUUCGAAGGCUGCCAAGACGGUGAGGAAGGCUGACGUGGGGAACGUGAUCCGAGCGAUCGUGCGUGCCGGGCAGGCUGCCCCUGGACCCCCGCUGGGACCCGUUCUGGGGCAGAGAGGCAUUCCUAUCGGGCAGUUCUGCAAGGAUUUCAAUGAGAAGACCAAGGACAUCAAGGAAGGCAUCCCUCUGCCCAUCAAGGUCUUUGUGAAGCCUGACCGGACGUACGAUCUGAAGAUUAAUCAGCCGACCGUCUCGUACUUCCUGAAGGCUGCGGCCGGGAUCGAGAGGGGAGCGGGGAAGACAGGUCACGAGGUCGCGGGCAUGGUGACGGUGAAGCACGUCUACGAGAUCGCGCGGGUCAAAGCGCAGGACGAGAGCUUCGCCCUGCAGAACAUGUCUCUGGAGAACGUGGUCCGGUGCAUCAUCGGCAGCGCCCGCUCCCUGGGCAUCCGAGUCGUCAACGACUUGUCCGCUGAAGAGUACCGGCGUUUCCUGCAGGAACGGGAAGAGAAGCGCCGAUCGGACGAGGCGGCGGCGGCGGCGGAAGAGCUGACAUCGGGAAAGAAAAAAUAAAAUGAAACCCGACAAUCACAAUAAAAACGUGUGCCGUCAAAUUCA